GCUGGAGAACUAUAGCAACCUGGCCUCAGUGGAUAUAUCAACCACAUGAAAGCAGGAAACAAAACAGGAAUUUUAAUGUUCACCCUCCUUGGACUCUCUGAGGAUCCAGAACUGCAGCCCCUCAUCUUUGGACUGUUCCUCUUCAUGUAUGUGGUUACUGUGCUUGGGAACUUGCUCAUCAUCCUAAUCAUCAGCUUUGACUCCCAUCUCCACACCCCGAUGUACUUCUUUCUUUCCAACCUGUCCUUGGUUGACAUCUGUUUCAGCACCACCAUAGUCCCCAAUAUGCUGGUGAGCAUCCAGACAGAGAACAAAGCCAUUUCCUACAUGAACUGCCUCACUCAGGUAUAUUUCUCCAUGUUUUUUCCUAUCCUGGACACCCUACUCCUGACCAUGAUGGCCUACGACCGGUAUGUGGCCAUAUGUCAGCCCCUGCACUACAUGAUCAUCAUGAACCCUCGUCUCUGUGGCUUGCUAGUUUUUAUUACUUGGUUCAUUGGCGUCAUGACAUCCCUCCUCCAUAUCUCUCUGAUGAUGCAUCUGAAUUUCUGUAGAGAUCUUGAAAUUCCACAUUUCUUCUGUGAGGUGACACAGAUCCUCAAGUUGGCCUGCUCUGAUACCUUCCUAAAUAGCAUAAUGUUAUAUUUUAUGACUGGUGUGCUGGGUGUGUUCCCUCUUUUGGGGAUCCUAUUCUCCUACUCAAGAAUUACUUCAUCCAUAAGGAAGAUGUCCUCAUUGCAGGGAAGGCAGAAAGCAUUUGCCACCUGUGGGUCUCAUCUCUCAGUCGUUUCUUUAUUUUAUGCAACAGGCAUUGGGGUCUACUUCACUUCUUCGAUGAUUCACUCUUCCCAGAAAGUCUCAGUGGCCUCAGUGAUGUACACCGUGGUCACCCCUAUGCUGAACCCCUUCAUCUACAGCUUGAGAAACAAGGAUGUGAAGGGCGCCCUGGGAAGGCUUCUUAGCAGAGCAGUCUCUUGUCUGUGAUAAAUCCAUUGGUCCUGGGACUGAGACGUUUCGUGAGUAUCAGUGGCAAAAACUUUUAUUCUGAAGUUCGUACUCUUGAACAUCUCAAACAAUCUUAUUCUUUUAUCCCAGUUCUUAAGGACCUAUGAAUUUGCGCUCUCAUAGGUUUUUAUACACAUUUAAACAACUAA